CACCUGACACGCGCUGUGGGCGUGUCAAUCCGUGGCUCCACUCGGAUCCGUGUCAGCUUCACUGAUACCUGUCCUAUUUGGCACCCGUCAGCGAUGACCCUAAAGUAAAAGAGAGGUGCGUGCAAACUAAGCCAUGAGCAAAUUUCGGGUGAUAGUGGGUGUCCUGAGGGGAGGGAGCGCCCACUGGCUCCGACGCUGUGGAGAGAGUCCGGCCAGGUGCUGGGCUGAGCCGAGGAGGGGGUGCACCUCCGAGGCUGCUUCAGUCCCCGCAGCGGUGACCAGCAGCUCCAGCUAUGUGGAGGAGAUGUACUAUGCCUGGUUAGAGGAUCAUAAAAACGUACAUGAGUCUUGGGAUGCAUACUUCCGUAACAUCCAGGCCUGCAGUCUGUCUGGUGAGGCGGGUGAGCGACGUCCUUCCACUCUGCUCCAGGGCCGAGUGUUGUCCCACUCAUCAGAUGUGGCACAGAAAGUGGUGGAGGACCACCUGGCUGUGCACACUCUCAUUAGAGCCUACCAGAUUCGAGGUCACCAUGUUGCCCAGUUAGACCCUCUGGGGAUCCUGGAGGCAGACCUGGACUCCUUCGUCCCCUCUGACCUGAUCACCACUAUUGACAAAUUAGGUUUCUAUGGUCUUGAUGAAUCGGACUUAGAUCGGAGCUUCCAGCUGCCUGCCACCACCUUCAUCGGAGGAGAGGCGACAACCCUACCUCUGAGAGAGAUCAUAUGUAGACUAGAGGCAUCAUAUUGUGGCCACAUCGGCGUUGAAUUCAUGUUCAUUAAUAACGUGGAUCAGUGUCAGUGGAUUCGUCAGAAAUUUGAAACUCCAGGAGUGAUGCGGUUCACCAACUCUGAGAAGAGGACCUUGCUAGCACGCCUCAUCAGAUCCACACGUUUUGAAGACUUUCUGGCAAGGAAGUGGUCAUCUGAGAAACGUUUUGGUCUGGAAGGCUGUGAAGUACUUAUCCCUGCUCUUAAAACCAUUAUUGACAAGUCAAGUGCAGCGGGCAUCGACAGCAUCAUCAUGGGGAUGCCUCAUCGAGGUCGACUGAAUGUCUUGGCCAAUGUGAUUCGUAAGGACCUGGAUCAAAUCUUUUGCCAGUUUGAUCCCAAAUUAGAAGCAGCGGAUGAGGGUUCAGGAGAUGUCAAGUACCACCUGGGGAUGUAUCAUGAGAGGAUUAAUCGCGAGACUGACAAAGACAUUACGCUGUCACUAAUGGCAAACCCAUCUCACCUUGAGGCGGUGGAUCCAGUGGUUCAGGGCAAGGCCAAAGCUGAACAGUUUUACAGAGGGGACACUCAAGGGAAAAAGGUCAUGUCCAUCUUAAUGCAUGGUGAUGCAGCUUUUGCCGGACAAGGAGUUGUUUAUGAGACCUUUCAUCUUAGUGAACUCCCCUCCUACACCACACAUGGUACGAUCCAUGUGGUGGUCAACAAUCAGAUUGGAUUUACGACUGACCCUCGAGUGGCCCGUUCCUCUCCCUACCCCACUGAUGUAGCACGGGUGGUCAAUGCACCCAUCUUCCACGUAAACGCUGAUGACCCUGAAGCGGUCAUGUACGUAUGCCGGGUGGCUGCAGAGUGGAGGAACACCUUCAACAAGGAUGUGGUCAUUGACCUGGUAUGUUACAGACGGUUUGGUCAUAACGAGAUGGAUGAGCCCAUGUUCACACAGCCACUGAUGUAUAAACAGAUCCGACGGCAGGAGCAUGUGCUGAAAAAGUACUCUGAUAAGCUCAUUGCUGAAGGAGUGGUGACACUGCAGGAAUUUGAGGAGGAAGUCGCCAAAUAUGACAAGAUAUGUGAGGAGGCAUACACCAGCUCUAAGGAUGAAAAAAUUUUACACAUCCGACACUGGCUAGACUCCCCCUGGCCAGAUUUUUUCACAGCACAGGGAGAGCCCAAGAGUAUGACUUGUCUUCCCACAGGGUUAGAUGAGGAGAUUCUGCAGCACAUUGGACAAACUGCUAGCUCAGUGCCUCUGGAGGACUUUAAAAUCCAUCCUGGUGUUUCUCGUAUCCUCCGUGGCCGAGCAGACCUGGUGAAGAACCGGCAGAUGGACUGGGCUCUGGGAGAAUACAUGGCUUUUGGUUCACUUCUUAAAGAUGGCAUCCAUGUGCGACUCAGUGGGCAGGAUGUAGAGCGGGGCACUUUUAGCCAUCGUCAUCAUGUUCUUCAUGAUCAAGAGGUGGACAAACGAAUCUGCAUUUCCAUGAAUCACCUGUGGGCGAACCAGGCCCCUUAUACUGUCUGCAACAGCUCCCUGUCAGAGUAUGGAGUCCUCGGUUUUGAGCUUGGUUUUGCAAUGGCAAGUCCAAACGCUCUGAUCCUGUGGGAGGCCCAGUUUGGAGAUUUUCAUAACACAGCCCAGUGUAUCAUUGACCAGUUCAUCAGCUCGGGCCAGGCCAAGUGGGUCCGCAACAAUGGGAUUGUCCUGUUGCUUCCACAUGGCAUGGAGGGAAUGGGUCCGGAACAUUCUUCAGCUCGACCCGAACGCUUCCUGCAGAUGAGCAACGAUGACCCCGAUCACUUCCCUGAGUUCAAUGGAGAUUUUGAGGUUCAGCAGCUGUAUGACUGUAACUGGAUUGUGGUCAAUUGUUCCACUCCUGCCAACUACUGUCACGUGCUCCGACGGCAGAUUCUUCUACCAUUCAGAAAACCGCUGAUCAUUUUCACUCCCAAAUCUCUGCUGAGGCUUCCUGAGGCAAGAUCCAGUUUCGAUGACCUGGCCAAAGGUACAAAAUUUAGGAGGGUGAUUCCUGAUGAGGGUCCUGUGAGUCAAAACCCGGGCCAAGUGAAAAGGGUCAUAUUCUGCACGGGCAAAGUCUACUAUGAGCUGAACAAAGAGAGGAAACAGCAGAACAUGGAUAGGGACAUCGCGAUUAUCAGACUUGAACAGAUCUCACCAUUUCCAUUUGACCUGAUCAGAGAUGAGGUAGAAAAAUACCCCAAUGCUGAGCUGAUCUGGUGUCAAGAAGAGCACAAGAACAUGGGUUACUAUGAUUAUGUCCGACCACGUUUCCUCACUGUGGUGGCCAACAGGAGACCCAUCUGGUAUGUGGGCCGGGACCCUGCAGCAGCUCCUGCAACCGGGAAUAAGUCCACCCACCUAAAUGAGCUGAGGAGGUUCAUGGACACAGCUUUCAACUUGAGUGCAUUCAAAGGAAGAGACAUGUAAUGGAAAACCAGAACAAGAACCAGGCUAGAGGUGCAUGGGAUGAGAUGCAGGUUUAAGUCUCAAUCUGAAAAUUGCCUUUUAAACAUCACCUCACCCUAAUCGGUUGCUCACUAACACCUGGACCAGAUUACAUGACAGUUACAUCCUUCAAGAUGAUGUCAGCUCAGGUGUUCAGAUUUCUGCUGUGACUUGUAGGAGAUAAAUACCAGACUUCACACUGAAACGCAGAAAUCAUUACCUGUAACUCGCAGCUUUUCACAACCUUUGUAGAGUACAGAUGAUUGACAGGAAUGGACAAAACAGAAGCACCUACAACUUUAGUAUUGAAUGCAUCAUGAAGCACCUUGCAAAUUUUCUCAAAAUGUCAAACUUUGGGCAGAAAAUUUUCAGAUAUUCUAGCCAUUCUUUCCCAGACACAGGAUUCUGGUUGGCUUCCACUUAUUUACUAUGCAACAUGUCUGUGUAAUAGUCACGUGUUUUGUUUUUUUUUUUUUUUUUUUCAUGUAAUCUGACCCAGAUCCUGGUUUUAUUUAAACUGUUGUCUAAUGAUGACUGGAGACAGACUUUGAUGAAGUACAACACUCUAAGUCAGUGAUAUUCCCCCAAGUCAUCAUGGGUGCUCAACGGGCAGUCAGUUACUCAGGAUUCAUAAAGAAACAAAAUCAACCACAAAGCACAUAAUGUUUAACUUUUAUAUUCCUGACAACUACUGUUAAUACUGCGGCUUCAGUCACUGACAGUAAUACCUCCACUGCUGCUACGCUAACCACAACAGUUUUAAAUACCAGUAGUAUUGAUUUGUAUUUGUGUCGCAUUAAUUUGUAAAGAUAAAUAGCUAAGGCUGUGAAACGCACACAUUAACACCGCCCUGGUGUUCUUAGAGGAUGAAUGGGAAUGACAUAUCACAGGCAUGGAGACUGUUCCUGAAUUUCAACACAUCACUAGGUUUAUGGCUCGUGUUUACUUCAGCUAUAGUGGCUGUUUGUGGAGGAGUCCGUAUUUAUUGUCACACUUCACUUCACCAGAAGACAUGAGCCAGCUGGCACAGAGACUGGCAGCCAUGUUUUCCACUUAGGACAUAAGGCUCGUCUUCGUCUUUGGAGGCUGAGGGAUGUACACACAAACAAACAUGGCAAAGCCUUGGAUGCCAUUAAGCAGUACUGAUGUUUGGUUGUCACUUUGAAUCUCCAGGUAUUUUAAUAGUGUUAGUAGUUACCACUGUGUUAAAAAAAUAAGCUUUCAGUCAAGCAAUAACCCACCUUUUCCUAUUAAACCUGGGAGGUUAGAAUAUUAGCUAUGCACAGAUAUUUUUUAAAUAUAAAAUAGGUUUAUAUAUAUUGUAGCUAGUAACAUAUGCACAUAUUGCACAUUCAGUAACAUAUGCAAUAACAUGGUAAAGCCUAUUUACUUGAUUUGGUGAUGAGAAUAUGUUGGUUAAUCAACAGUACAAGGAUGUUGUACAAAUGGUAUCAGCAGAACUUUGCUUCCGCAUACAUUCAAGUGGAAUUACUGACUUUUAAGGAAAUACUGAUAGUUCAAAAAAUUAUUGUACUCUGAAUGACCUAGAUUUUUUGUAUGGUGUUUUGUUUUGGUUACUAUUCCAUUCCAGAUUUAUUGAUUAAUUAUUGUCUUUUGAGCUAGAUGUUCAGCAAGAGAGAUUUUGUUGAUUUAUUACUUAUUUAUUUACUUAAAUUUUCGGUUCAACGGUUAUUCAGCGUUUAACAUCUUUUUUCGUGAUAUGCAGUUAAUUAUUACUAUAUACACUUAAUGGACAAAAAUAUUAGGGCACAAAUGUCGAAUAAGGGUGAUGUUUUGAAGAAUUGAAGAAACCAGAAGGUUAUGUGUAGUUUAAAUAGAUUUUUUUUUAAUGGGCAGAAUGAGGAGGAACAUCACAAACUUACAU